AUUGCUUCCCCCGUAAUAGUUCAACGUUGGAAAUCAAUUGUAUAUCAAAAUUUAUUUUGUUUAUAGGAAACAUUGAAGUCUCUCCUAUCAAUCUCACAACCCAAAAAUGUCAGUGAUUCGUUCUUGUUUGGAAUCGGUCCGUUCGCAAGUUCAACAAUGUGCAAACGGAAGAAAUGUAAGUAUAUAAACGUGCAGACUAUCUCCAUUCAUUGUCCUUUGGAUAUGUUACACAAAUGGGAGUUCCGGAUACUUGAAGUAGGAAUGUCCCGUUCGGAUACAUGAAGACAAUGUGUGGAAAUCUCAUACUUUCAACAUUCGUUAAGGACAAUUAAAGUAAUAUGAUAAAUAAAAACAAGGAAUUGGGUGGGUCAUUAGACUGAAAAGUCAUCGCGUAUUUCCUUCAUGGGUAUAUGUCUUGCGAAUGAUAUAUGUACUCUAUAGCACAGACCGGUAGUUAUUUUAUUUGAGGCUAUUCUGAAAAUAAUGAUCUACUCAUGUUCCUUUUUCGCUUUCAUCCGUCCUCUUGUUUUUGUUCCUUUUCGGCUUCCCUACUUGGGUUAAGCUAAUAAGAGUAUUGAAAGGAUGAGGUUAACCUCGUAGCUGUUAGCAAGUUCCACCCCGUAGAACAACUGAUGGAAGCUUAUGAAGCAGGACAGCGACAUUUUGGCGAGAAUUACAUGCAAGAGUUUUUAGCCAAGGCUGAGUUGAUGCCUAAAGAUGUGCAUUGGCAUUUCAUCGGCAACAUGCAAAGCCAAAAAUGUAAAAAGAUUGCAUCCGUAAAAAAUUUGUACGCAAUUGAAACUAUCGAUAACGAAAAGAAGGCUCGUUUAGUGAAUCAAGCCCGUGAAGCAAUUCAAACUCCCUUACGAAUAUAUGUUCAAAUAAACACCAGCGGAGAACCGAACAAGGCUGGCGUGAUGCCUUCUGAGGCUUUGGAAUUGUGUAAGGUCGUUCAAAGCUUAGAGUAUCUCCGCCUUCAGGGUUUGAUGACGAUCGGUUCAAUCUCCAAUUCGCAAUUACAAGAUCAAAAUCCAGACUUUCAACUGUUGUCGGAUCUUCGUCUUAAACUUCAAAAGGAACUUAAUUCUCCUCUCGAGUUAUCGAUGGGCAUGAGUUCAGAUUUUCCGUUGGCCAUUAAAUACGGCAGCGAUUCUGUUCGUGUAGGCAGCUCAAUCUUUGGCAGCCGACCCACGGAAAAGCCUGAGUCUGUUGUAUCUUCCAAAUAAUUUUUGUUUGCUUAUUUGUUCUUACAAAGGAAAAAUUCUUGGGCUUUUAGGAACGAAUUGCGAUUACGUUUGCUAUGAAUUGGUUUUAGACUUGUACAAUGGAUUGCUUGACUCUUCUAAAGUAAUCAAACUAACACGCCUUUCAAUAAAAUAUCUUAUUUGAGUUUUCU